UAUAGUGGAACCUUAAUAUGAAAAUACUACUUCAUUCUAUAGAUCCUCACAUAGUUGUUUGUCAUGGUUUUCUACUUGCCUAAUUGAAUUCAAAUGCUCAUAUUUUGCCUCACUCUGCUGCUUUUGAUCUUGUAGGUUCAUAGAGAAUUCCGUAAACCUCUCAUUGUAAUGUCCCCCAAGAAACUGCUUUGUAGCAAGGCUUGCAGAUCAAAUUUAUCUGAGUUUGAUGAUGUCCAAGGCCACCCAGGUUUUGACAAACAGGGAACCAGAUUUAAGCGCCUCAUAAAAGACCAAAAUCUCCACUCAGAUGUUGAGGAGGGUAUUAGACGUUUAGUACUUUGCUCUGGAAAGAUUUACUAUGAACUUGAUGAUCAACGAAGAAAGGUUGAUGCAAAGGACGUUGCAAUAUGUAGAGUGGAACAACUUUGUCCUUUCCCUUACGACCUUGUCCAACGAGAGCUUAAACGAUAUCCAAGUAUGUACUUUGGAAACAAAUUCUGAUUUCUUCUAUGUUUUUCUUGUUGAAGGUGUGAAUGGGGUAUAAUUUAUCUUUUUUUUCCUAGCAUCUAAUUCUCGUUUGUCCUUCUGUUAUAGGCAGUAUUUAAAUUUUCUACUUUUA